GGUGCUGAAUUAUCAGUCACAUGAGGCUCGCGGAGGGGGACGUGCAUGCUGCAAUUGGAGCCGCCCAGAGGUCAUGUGACCUCCAUCCCCCCUUCCCCUCGCCCCCGGCGGCGGAGCCAGGCUGGAGCGGCGGCGCGCGGCGGGCAGGGGUUCCCGGGAUUGCCGCAGCGCGCGGGGCCGGGGAGUCGCCGCUGGCCCCCAGCCCGGCGUAGGGAUGGCUGCAGCAGCGCGCCCGGAGUGAGGGGCCGCGGGCAGCGCGGGGCGGGGGCCGGAGCCAGCAUGUGGAGCGGCCAGGCCCCAUUCAAAGAAGGCAGCCAGCAGCUCCAGAAGCAGCCGGCGGUGGGACAGUGGAAGCCGCUGGCAUCAUCCAGCGGUGGGAAGGAGCUGCCGCAGUUGGAUCCUCGCUGCAGGGAGGCAGGUGGGGGAGACGACCAAUCCACGGCGCAGCUCAAUGUCUCCCGCCUGCGCAGCUCCUCAGUGGAGAUCCGUGAGAAGGGAUCAGAGUUCCUGAAGGAGGAGCUCCACAGAGCACAGAAGGAGCUGAAGCUGAAGGAUGAGGAAUGUGAGAGGCUGUCAAAGGUCAGAGAGCAGCUGGAGCAGGAGCUGGAGGAGCUGACAGCCAGUCUGUUCGAGGAAGCGCACAAGAUGGUAAGAGAUGCAAACACUAAGCAGGCAGCAUCAGAGAAGCAGCUGAGGGAGGCACGAGGAAAGAUCGACAUGCUGCAAGCAGAGGUAACUGCUUUGAAGACUCUGGUGAUCACUUCCACACCUUCCUCUCCAAACCGGGAGCUGCACCCCCAGCUCCAAAGUCCCUCCAAAACUGUCUUCAGGAAAGGGCACGGGCGGAACAAGAGCGCCAGCAGCGCAGUAGUCACAGCCACCAGCCAGAGCUUGCCCGUGGAGUCGGUCAGCAACGAGUGCAAAGAGUUUGGCGUGCCCACUCUCCUCUCUCUACUCCUCUGUAUUGUCCCGGGGAAGGCCAUCCACAUCACCUACGAGCCAGGCUGGCAGGCCCUGGUGGCAGAUUCUUCCUCGUCAUCCUCCUUGCGGCAGCUCGCUGCAGGUCGACUCCAUCCUAUUCGCCGAGUUCCAAGCCUGGAAGGAAUCCCCGACUCUGGAAAAAUCGUGCUCCUUCCUGGAGAGGAUUUACCGGGAAGAUGUGGGGCCCUGCCUGGACUUCACCAAACAGGAGCUAUCAGAGCUAGUGCGGGAGGCCGUGGAGCAGAACACGCUCACCAUAGAGCCCGUGGCUACCCAGGCACUGCCCGUGGUGAAGGUGUCGGCGAUGGAAUGUGGCGGACCAAACGGGUUCCGGUCGCAAAUUGUAACGAAGUGCGCUCUGAGUGGCCUUUCCCGAGCCUGCAAACACCGCAUCAAGCUGGGGGAUUCUGGGAAUUAUUAUUACAUCUCACCAUCCUGCCGGGCCAGGAUCACAGCCGUAUGCAACUUCUUCACCUACAUUCGCUACAUCCAGCAGGGCUUGGUGAGACAGGAUGUGGAGCUGAUGUACUGGGAAAUCAUGCGGCUCAGGAGGGAAAUGUCCAUGGCUAAGCUGGGCUUCUACCCCAGUGCGAUGUAGGCUGGGCCUCGCCGUCUGAAGGGAGCUGCCCCAGCACGAACGUCACGUACUCCAGCAGACAGACAGACUGAGGCAGCGCAUCUACGCCGACGGGGUUCCCUCCUUCUCCCAGCCUGACGUGAACCGCAGAGGAGAGGAGCAGAGUUCCCCCGUCCAAAGGCCUCCUUGCUGCCGUUCUCACAGUGACUAUGAGAUGCAGACACCCUCACCUCCCCCCAGAGAUGGGCUGGUCCUUUGAGCUCUGGGGGUGGCCAGCGCUAAGUUCUGUCCAUAGUGGAUCCUUUUCUCUAUGCUGCCUAUAGCCAGUUUUUUUAAUUUUAUACACAAUCUUGCUUCUGUGGAUUCUCCGAGACCUGCUGUGCACGAGGCGGGUCCUGGGCUCCUCUGUUUGGCAGAGGAUCCUUUUGCACCGAACUGCAGCUGGGCCUUCCCACAUCCACCCCUCUGCCUGAGCGAGGCAGGGGUGCAGUAUUGCUCGGCUAUGCCCCCAGCAAAUGCCAGCACCGCACAGUAAUCUCACUGAGAGCCAUGCAAAGCAUGUUUUCCAAGUGCUUCCCUGCUCCUCUGGCAGUCACCUGUAGGAGUCACUUUCCAUCCGCUCAGUCACAAAGAGGGGUUUGAUUCUCUUUUCAGCUCAGGGUUUGGUUUUGUAACCCAGCUCAGAGCUGCCGCUGGGAGAGCUACAGCGUAGGCCAAAGCUCCGUGCCUGGGGCCUCGGUCGCAGUGCAAAUGGAAAUUGCAGAACAGAAACUUGGCCACAGCUAUGCUGAGGUUGGCUGUACUAGGCUGCAGACAGUGUCUCUUCAGGUCCUUGUGAGGCAGCGGUGCCCGGCUAUGGUCACUGCAGGAAUGAGCAUCUCCCUAUUGCUUUGCUAUAAACCCCAGCCAAGGACAGAUGCCUCCUAGCCACUCCUGUUUCUAGGCUGCGGCCUCAGGCAUUCAACUCCCUGCUGUCUCAAUAUAAACUCCAGCCUGGGGCUGUCUCCUCUCUGGCUUUUCUUAUAGCCCCCAACUCAGGCAGUUGCUACUCAGUGGCCAGUUAUAGGCUCUGGCCCUGGGCAUUCACUUCUGUGCUGCUCCAUUAUAGAUUAAGGCCAGAAGGAACCAUUAAAUCAUGUAGUCUGACCUCCUGUAUAACAGAGGCUGUAGAAUUUCACCCAGCGACUCCUGUAUUGGACCCGAGCCUUGCCAGUGCUUCGGGGUGAAAGUAACUUAAGGCACUUACUGGUACGCAGGGCAGCCGGGGUCCUGAGUAAGGUUCGGGGGGCGGGGCUGGGGCCAGACUUCCCCAGCCAGCCCUUCAUUUAAAGGGCCUGGGGCUCCUGGACAUCGCUGUCAAUGCUACCCUGGGGCUCCAGCAGUGAUUUAAAGGGCCUGCGGCUCUGGCUGCAGUAGCGGUAGCUGGGAGCCCCUGGCCCUUUAAAUCACCGCCGGAGCCCCAUGGUAGCGGCAGCAGCACCUUGGAGCCCCGGGGCUCUGGCGGCGAUUUAAAGGGCAGGGGGCUCCGGCUGCUACUCGGAGCCCCGGGCCCUUUUAAAUUGCUGGGCCCCAGGGAAGCUGCCCCCUGUGGUACGGUUGGCUGUGUACCGGCUCUUACCGGUAUGCAGGACCGGACCGGCUUACUUUCACCUCUGCAGUGCUUUCUUAAUGGUCUCCCAGCUCCCCAGCAGGGAGCCCUGAGACACCACUGCAUGUGGGUGACAGCGCCUGGGGCAACCAUUUCCUAGGCCCCCCUGCAGCUCACAUCUCCCCUCCCACUGUCAUUAAUAUAGGAUCAUAUGCAGUAGUGCUGGGAGGGCCUGAUCCAAAGCUCAUUGAAAUCCUUGGGCUUCCAGUAGCUUGGGCUCAGACCUUAAAUAUACAUGGUGCUUUACAGAACCUUGCAAAGCCAUGAUCCUUGCCUUGGAGUGUUUUUAUAAUUGAAUAAUUAACCUCGUCUACUAUGUCAUUGUCUUGGCUGCCAUCCUGUGCUGUUGUAUCAUCUCACCUGGCGCUGCUGAGCCGCGUUUCUCUGUGAUGUAACUCCACUGCCAUCAGCAGAGCUGCAAUUCAGCCCAUCGGCACCCAGACUCAGAUCGUCUGUGAUGUCAGAGCCUCUCCCCGGAGGAGCUGCUACACAAGUAACCUGAUCACGUGCAAAGGAAAACGCUGUGCCUGAGUCGCCUUCUGUUCUGCUUUGUGUUUGUCUGGGACAGGGAGGCAAAUGGCAAUAGAACCUCUGGGCUGUUUGCAGGUCAGCAGAUGCCUCGUUGCAUAAGAGCCUCUUGAGCGUGGGUCAGCAAUCCUGGGAGAGGCACUCCUUUCAUCACGCGAAUGUUGGCUGCACCCUGCUGCUCUGCCUGGUGGCCCUUGGUGCCACCCUGAUGGCAUACAGUGGCACUUGCAAGCAAAGCGUUGGUCAAUAAGUGAAACUCAAGUCCUGCUCCCCAGGAGGGUAGCUGGGAGGAGGAUGCUGGAAAUGCUCCCAUGGUACCUACCUCUUCCUGCUUAGAAUAGGGCUGGUCUGAAACACCAGCACCCAGUUGUGGCCCCACUGCUUGGCUCUGCUUCAGCAGCCAUGAGCCAUAGUGGGAUUGCAAGGUCUAAUUCCUCUUCAGCAACUGGGUGCCCUGGAAAUCCUCACUCUGAUCCUGGCUGAAAAAAUAUUAGCUGUUUUCUGCAAGGGAAGGUGUUUUACACUGUGAAUUACAGGCCUGGAGAGUGAGCGUUUAGGGACGAGCUAGGCUGGGUGCCAGCGUUUGGGCUGGUGUGAAUCAGCAUCUCUCUGAGGCCUUGGCUAUACUGGCGUUGUACAGCGCUGCAACUUGCUGCGCUCAGGGGUGUGAAAACGCCCCCCCC